AUGAGCCCACGAUGCUGCUGUACCAUUGGAACACACACGACGAUCCACGACGAUCACUUUUCGGCGACGAUUGAAAUCUGGUUAGGUUUUUAUGUUUUCCAGAUGUACAGCGCAAAAUACUCUAAAGCACAAAGUUGUGCCUAUUUCUGCUCAAAGAAUGUCUUGGUGGCCCUCAACACUCUAUACAUCGUAAGUACGCGGCGAAGAAUUUCAUAUUUGUGUAGCAGCGAAUCAUCACGAGCUUAAAAUAUUGUUUGGACUAGGAAAAUGAUUUUAAGGCUUACGUGGCAUUUUGCGUUUAUUUUGUCUGUAUUUUCUGCUUCUUAUCAGAUUGAUGAAAUGUAAAUCGUUGACUACUUAAAGUGAUAUUGAGACCUAGAAACUGGCAACUUUAAUGGCGGUUUGCCGAAGGAAAUGUUUAUAAACCAGGUUAUAAACCGCUGUUACCGUGUUGUUCAUUUGCAUGCCAACUGCUGGAUUACAAUUGUUCAGGACUGAAAUUAAAGUGACAGUGGGUUUUGUACUGUCACCACUAGCUUGAAGAACAUUCUAAUCACGCUAAAACUUCUAGAUCGCCGCCACUUUAUGUAUUUCUGAUUUGUCUUUGUUAAAAUCAACUACUGUUUUUUUAAUCUUUUAUGUUUUAGUAGUCUUAUUGAGCACCUUGCCGUUCCACGUUUCUUGCAUAAAUAAGUUUGAGUUAUUUUGAGUAGCACGUUUAACUAAUACGCCACCAAUCCCAUCUAACAAUCACUGAGUUUGGGUUAUCAAGUUUUAUUUACAAGAAAUGAUCCAUACAUUGUUCAAACUGCUGAAAGAUUGUAAUAAGCUGGUUUGAAUUCUACAAGGCAAAAAAUCAUUCAUCCAAAUAUUUUGAAUGCAAUUUUGAAGUUCACAUUACUGUUUCAACUUUUCAAAUUUUUUAGGUUCCAAUCUAUCUAUCUACUGGGUAAUCCCAAUUACAUAUCAACAAUGAAAUGCUUCUUUGAUAAGUUUGCAAUAAAGCUUAUUUUAAUGCGGCCUGGCCCUGUAUGUCCUGAUGUAUUGCUCAAUACUUACAGUCAAGGCAGGUCAAGCGUACCACCAAGAUUUUAUUAAUGAAAUGAUUAUUUUAAUAAAUAAAUGCAUUAGUCAUUCUCAUGACAAAUGUCAAAUUGAAAUCUGCAUUCCUGUAUGCGAAGUGAGAAAUGAAUAUUUUUCGAGAACUUCUCUGUAUUUGGUCAGACUGAAAAUCUUUGAAUGAAUAGAAUUACUUUGAAGACAUUCACAUAAAAUUCAAGGAAACUGAGCCGGUAGAAAUUUCAUAACUGCCUGGCGUGUGAAUCCACUGCUCAUUAUGCAUGCAAGAAUGCAGUGAUGAUUCUGAAAUCUGCAACUACAAACAGAUUCAACUUUUGAACAAUGAAUUCAUUAAUGGAAUCUUGGGGGGUAUGCUUGACCUGACCUGACUGUAAAUAGGUCUGCACUGCAUGCAAGGACGAACCAGGAGUUUUUUUGUAGGAUCUAAACUUCUACUUUACUUCCUUCAUGUUUUUAGAAUAAACUUCAUUAUAAGAGAAAUUGAAUAUGCAUUAAUUUAGUCCUGGGGGAUUACUUCUAUAUAUUAAGGAUGAGACAAACAAAAAAUUGAAUUGACACUCUAUGUAAAGGUUCUUAUCAGAAACAGACUCGCUAUUCAAGGGAAAAACAAAGGAUAAGAAUAAAUGGUAAAACGUACUAAACCUUCAUUAAACUGUGUUCAUACUAUGAACUGAUGAUAGUUUGUUUCUUAUCUAGCUGGGUACCCUAUAAUCUAAGGAUCAGACUGGGAACACAAUGCCAAGAAGGGCAAAAAUGAUACCCUAUUGAAGGAUUGAGACCCUCAAAAGCCAUACCCUAAUGGGCAGCAUCAGGGGCGGAUCCAGGAUUUUUUUAGGAGGGGGUGCACUCGUCUCAGAUUGCUCUACUUCAACACCAAUAAACCACAUAGUUUUUCUCUUUUUUUGCAAAAUAUCAGUUGUAUUAGAAAACCGCAGGUCAUCUCAAAGGGGGGGUGCACACCCCCUGCACCCUCCCCUAGAUCCGCCCCUAAGCAUGUACCUACAUGUAUCUUGCUCUUACAUUGGAAUACCCCCGAGAUUAAGUAACAUAACUUAAUGCUUAAGAAGUGGUGCUUCUCAAGCUACAUUAAUUACACCAGGAAAGUUGAGAACGAUGACUUUUCAGGAAUAAUUGUAAAUCUGCAAACUCUCCAGGGAUGCCACAUGUUAUGUCUCAUGAUAUAUUCAAUUAAUUCUGUCUCAUUCCAAUCAUUUAUUUAGGAAUGCUAAGCAAACACAGCCAUACAAACUACCCUGAUAGAAAACAGCUGAUUUUACGACACUAUAUACCCAAUAUUACUGGUUUCCCCACUAAAUGACAUUUGAGAAACCCUGGGAAACAAUUGGUGGCAUCAUAUUGAAUAUUGUUCCAUACCUUUUAUUCUUCUGCAGUGUUUGAUGUGUUGCUCAUUAAUUUUUUUGUUUGUUUUCUUUUUUAGUUUAUAGCCUUGAUAUUGAUAGGAAUAGCUGUUUAUGCAAAAACAUCAGCUAAAAUAACAAGUUUGCCGAUCCUUGGUGGUGUGGUUGCAUGUGGUGUCUUUCUCCUCCUUGUUGCAAUAUUGGGUGUCGUUGGUGCAGUACGGCACAACCAAGUUAUCUUGUUCUUUGUAUCCUUUGCCAAUUAUUCGUGACAAUUAAUUUGUUAUUUUAUUUGCAGUUAAUUAAGUUUAUUGCUUGAUUGCUAAAUGUAACUUUGUUAUUCCGUUUACGAACCUUAACUUUCUUAUUUAGUAUAUGGUUAUUAUGUUUCUUCUCUUUAUUAUCCAAAUGUCUGUUUCAAUUGCUGCGGUAGCUAUCUCUCAUGACCAACAAGCCGGUCUUAUGGAGGCAGGAUGGAGGAGAUCAUCUGACAAAAUAAAAAAUCAAAUCCAGUCCUUAAAAGAUUGUUGUGGAUUCAAAAAUAAGACAUUAGUAACUGACUCAAAAACUACGGACCCUGAUGUUAAAGCCCUUGGGCAUCCUAGUUGCAACGAAGUAAGUAGAAGGAAUUUGUUGUGUAUUUCGCUAUAACCAGCUCCAAUUCCAUUAUUUGUUUUUUAAAAAACCAGAAAAAUUAUCUCCUUGAUAGUCAUUCUGUCCCUAAGUUUAUGUUUUCUGUACGCUCUGCACCCAAGCAGGUAAUUACUGAGUAAUCUAGAUAGCUAAGAACGCCUAUCACAGUGUGAAACCUUGAUAUAACAAAGGGCCAAGGGGCUGGCAAAAUUUGUUUGCUACAAUGAGGUUUCGUUAUAUCAAGGUUCUUUUUUAUGUAUUUUAUCAUUCCUGGGGUAAAGAAAGUCGCUUGUUAUAGUAAGGACUUGCUUAUAUAGAGGUUCGUUAUACUGAGGUUCUACUGUAAUAUAAUCUCUCACCUUUGUUAGAUUUCCUAGUCACGUUAACUUACAAUAAUUUUAUUAACUUUUGUUCAACGCGUUUAAUAUUAUGUUACAGUGUAUGUGAGUGACUAAACAAAGAAAUGAAUAAAUAAUUAUUUUUGUCACUUCUUAAGGUCGUUCGCGCUAAUUGUUUCUGCGCAUCCCUACUGUGCACAAAAUUCAUAGCGCAAUAUCACGUCACGUCAUGCAUCGAGCGCGCGCUGAGAAAACUGUCUAAGCACAUAUAGGGCUGGUAACCGUUGCGUUAACUUCGCUUGCAAUUUCCUUUCUUAGAUGGUCGGUGACACCCCAUUGUUUUCGGUAGACCACUUUCUCUUCCACUUCCCAUAGAUUGUGAAAAAAUGAACAAAAAAUCAAUUUAGGAAGGUAAAAAAUUUUCAAUUUUUCUGUGUAUGCGGCAACGAAUUUUGGCAUUCGUGCAGCUGUUAGAAGAGUAUAAAUGUGUCCGCUAAAUGAUAAAAUCAACUCUGAGGAAGUUUUUUAGUUCACCGAUUUUUGUUUAUGGAUCCACAAGAGCAAUAAUUGGCGGAUAAAAUUUCAAUUCAGGGAUUUAUUUAUAGACUUUUUGCACAAACAGGCACUUUAUCCGUAUGUAGUAACGAAGCCCGAUUUCUCAGAUUUUGGGUGAUCUUUUGAACAUCAUAUCUCCGAAACAAACUCGGUGACCCCCCAAUUUUUUUACAUUUUUGACAUGAGUAUAAACCCAUAAUCUCAAACUGGUGAAAGUUUCAGAAAAAACUCAAUGUUAGAAGAUUUUCGCGCGAACGUCCUUAAGCGGUCAAAGGCCACGUUUUUUCUGGGUAGGAGCAUAUGAGCACCAAAGGUCCAAAUAUCUGAGACAAUUGUGACUCGAUAUAGUUACUAGGGGGUCGUGGGUGGGGCAUUCCACUCUAAACAUUUUCGUGAAAUUGGAUGGUCAUGCAGAGGGUGCAAUUCACGAGUUUCAAAUGCAAUCACAUAAUCAUCAGGCAAUAGAUGUUGCUUGUAAAACUUGAAAAUCCAAUAACACUUUUCACUGCAUGCAUUAUCGAUGGUGUAGAGUAAUUCCAUUAAUACUAUUACCUGGUCAAUAGAGCAACGAGUCAUUUGAUUUAGCUUUGAUUUAAGUAAUAUACCAUAUUCCCUCAUAUAAUAGCCAUCCCUCAAUUAAUCGCCUCCCUCGAAUAAUCGCCCCCUUUAAACGGAAAUAUUUAAAAUAAUUGCCUCCAUCAAAUAGUCUCCUCUCUGCCACCCCUUUUGCCAUCUUCCCUUUCUUUCAUACCCUCCCUGUCAAGUUGAAGUGCAAUUUUUUUAUUUGAUGGGAUAAAAAUUUAUAUACAGCUGUUGCAAGAAAGGAAAAAGUGCACGCGACAAUUUCGAAAGGUAUUGUGGGUGGUUUUUAGGUCACUGUUUUUCAAAGAAAUUUCAAAUAAUGGCACGAGAGGCCAUGGACAUACGUUUGCGAGGGCUAAAGGAAAGCAAACAAAAGUAGGUUCGACAGCUACUGUGUCAAGAACAAGUGUAUUGAUCAUAUCACAUAUUACCUUUCAGGAUUGUCGCGUGCACAAUUUUUUAUGACAACCUUUCUUGAAAUAGCUGUAUAUUUAGGGCACAACUUCCAGUAAGCAAUAUUAAUUUAAAAUAGUCACCUCCCUCAAAUAAUCACCUUCCCUCAAAUAAACACCCCCUUUUUGUGCGAAAAAAAUAAUAACCACCCCUGGCUAUGAUAUCUAAAAAACUAAAGGUAUACUCAAAGUGUCGUAAUUUGUGGGUUAGCUGCUCUGAGGGCCACUCAAGGGAAGAGUGCUUCUGAUUGGUUGAAUCAAAUUUCCCACGCGCCACGACCAUUCAGAAGCACUACCCAGAUUUGGGUAGUGUGACGCAUCAUCAGUAUGGAAUUUCUGCUCUUGUUUCCCAGACGUAAUUUCACGGGGAAACCAAUGGUGGCGUCACAAAAUGUCAUCUGUCUUCUCAGGCUAAACUUCAUGAAAUAAGAUUGUUGUGAAAAAAUUGUUGGUAACAAAAAUGUAGACCACUCAUCGCCCACCUUUACACUCCUUCUGGUCCAAAAAGACACCCUGUUCAAGGCACUUAAUGGUGGAUUUGUGCACCCUGUGUGAGACUCAAGACCCUGGAAACAAUACUGCGUAGAUCAGCACAGACCCGUAUAGGCCAAAUAAGGGAGUGCCCCUCCCCAUCCCCCAGGGUUAGCUACCAUAAUUUUAAUACUUUUCUGAUAAAAAGAAAAGACUGAGAAGUAAAAAUAAAUUUCAAAUAGGCCCCCCAAGCUGGGCACCUUAUUGGUAAAACUGAUCUUCAUAUGAACAAAUAGUAAUGUGUGACUGUUGUACAAAUUCCUUUCAGUUAAAGUGCUGUAGAAAUUCGGGUGACCCAUGUGACAACUGCGAGACUUGUUAUAAUGCUCUGGAGGGUUUAGUGAAUCAUCUUCUAAAAGUGGCCGGUGGUGUUGGAUUGUUCUUCAGUUUUACUUUGGUAAGUUUCUUAUGUACAAAUGUGCAUAGCCUGCGAUUUUGGGGCACAGGGAGGUACUCCUGAUUUCAAGUGACGGGGAUGGUCAUAGGGGGGCAAAAAACAAAACCCAAAAAAAUCCCUGGACCAAAUAUUAACCCCAAAAAAAUCCCGUACAGAACUUAUGCAGCCACUCAUAUGGGCACUACCAUGAAUCUUUAGAUUGUUUUGAAUACCCAGAAAAAUCCGUACUUAAAUUAAGUCACCCAAGAAAAUACUUGCCAAAUUUUCCGACCCCCCCAAAAAAAAAAAUGCGAGAAUUAAAAAUUUCAAACCCAAAAAAUCCUUCAAUCAUCCCUGUGACUUGAAACCCAGAGCACCCCCACUGGCUAGAAUGUACACCAAGAGUAACAAUGGUUCAUAAGACUUCAAGGGGAGUCUACUGUAGUCUGUAAUUAUAUGCUUUGGUUGUACUAGAAGUGCAUGCAGCUUAAAUCCUACUAGUUUAAAAACACUCCUGACUACUUUAACUAGUUUAGAGAAGCAUUUCAGGGCUGUCAUUAGGAGCCAAGGGCCGGGGAUUUCCCCCGGCUACUAUGAGUGUGGUCCCCGGCUACUUUUAUUGGAAAAUAGAAGAAAAAUAGAGCCAAAAGAAAUUCCUUGCUGUUUGAUUCCCUGCCUACUUGAAAUUUUAGUGACAACCCUGCAUUUAAUAAAUUUAUCCAAAAUAUAGAACAUAACAGGGGGCAGCUGGCAGGAGGCAGCCAUUCGGCUAUUUUACAAGGUGGUUCAUAAGUUGUACUCAGACUGCAUGAAACAAAUCUUCUGAUCAGGCCCCGGUUGUUCAAACGUUGGAUAGUGCUAUCCAGCGGAUAACGCAAUUGUUUCGCGUAAUACAUAUCCGCUGGAUAGUGAUUUAUUUGGUGGAUAGCGCUACCCAGCUUUUGAACAACCGGGGCCAGGGGACUUGAUACCAGAACCUCCGGAUUGUAUGUCUGAUGUAGACACACUGUCUAGUAUGCCAAACUGCCUCCAUUAAAAAAUGAGCAAUUAGACGACUGUGCUGCGGCCAAAUGAGCGAUUUGUAUAAUAACAAGAAUCAUGAUCAACAAUUAGAAUUUCAAACUUAAAGAAGACAACCAAAAUUGUAAGUUUCACCAGUUAUCCAUUGAGAAUAUUCAACUUUUUCUCUAGAGCCCCAGAUUAAUGGGAAUAUGGUCUGAGUAAGAGGUGUGGCCCUGGUUGUUCAAACUUUAGACAGCAAGCAAUUGCGCUAUCCUCUGGGUGGAGAUUUAUCCAACAGAUAAACUGGGGCCUGUUGCUUUUAUCCACAAUGCUUGCCAAAGUUUAACAGGACAUUUGUUUGAUCUUUAUAACCAUUGGUAAUUAAGGAACUUGCUGGUUACUUCAGGGAAACUGUGUAAAUUUCUUUUAACUCUGUUUCAUAAAAAUGUAACAGUUCUAGUCUGAUCUCUGCUUCUCAUUUUUUCUGCUGACUUCCUUCUCUGUUUCUAUCUCUCACAGUUAUUUGGUGUAUACAUGACAUGCCGAUACAGGAAUCAGAAGGAUCCUCGAGCCAACCCUGGGGCAUUUCUUUAG